CUCAAGAUGGCCGCCAGAAAUGGGGGGGAUCGGGGACCAAGAUGGCCGCUGGAAGUCAAGAUAUCUGGCCUAAGUGGCCACCAGAAGUGGGGGUACCAGGGCCCGAGACGGCCACCAGAAAUGGGGGUAUGAAAGCCCAAGACAGCCACCGGAAGUGGGGUAUCAGGGUUCAAAAUGGCCACCGGAAGUGGGGUAUCAGGGUCCAAAAUGGCCACCGGAAGUGGGAAUAUUGAGUCUUUCCUACUGUCCCCCAUAGUGGCAGUGCGAUGCCCAGCAGCGCUGCAGGACGCCAUGUUGGAUUUGAGCCCCACGCUCCAGGCCCUGGCACAGGCGGGGCCCGUGGAGCUCCUCCCCCAGGGGGCGGGGCCGGAAGUGGGGCCGGAAGUGGGGCCUGGAUGGGUGGGGGCUCCCACAGGGACCGGCAUCCAUGUCUACAUCUGUCUGCAGGACCUGGUGGACCCCCACUCUGAACGUGCCCGGCUCCACGCCCGCACCCUCAACCUCCAGCACCGCCUCCGUGCCCUCACCCCCAGGGGGGAGGACCCCACAUCCUCCUCCCCCCACCAACGCCAGGUUUGCAGCCUCCGUUCUGAGCUCGCCCUCCUCACCCUGGCACUGGAAGCUUUGGGACCCCCCCAGGAGGAAGGACGACCCCCCCAGGAUGGAUAAUGCCAAUAAAAACCCCCAUAGGAAAAGCU